ACUUGAUGCGACAACAGGAGUAAAGAUGGGGAGGAAAGGCUGCUGCUCUGCACUCGUGCUUCUCCUCCUCUUUAAUGUUGUGGCCUGGAUAGAAGCUGAGGUUCAAAAGACCAUUUAUUUUCCUUCUCAGAAGCUGACAUGGGACAAAGCAAGAUGGUACUGCCAGAAGUACUACAUAGACAUGGUCACCUGGGACACGGUGGACCCAAACCUGCUGACGACGUGGCUGAUAGAAGAAGGCUUCACUAAUGUCUGGAUCGGUUUACACCAGGAUCCUGAGGAGUCAUUGGUCUGGAGGUGGAUCGACGUGAAAACUGGUGAAGGCUUGACUGGUGAUGACGUCUCUGGCAGCAGGAACUGGCUCUUGGGACAGGCAGUCGGUGGCAGCUGUGGCUCCUACAGCACCAUCACCAAAAAGUGGAAAAACACCCUCUGCAUUUUAGAGAUGUCCUUCAUCUGCUAUGCUGACAACCUGGUUGUAGUGACUGAGAACAAGACAUGGGAGGAAGCUCUGGAUCACUGCAGGGAAAUGACAAACAGCUCCUUCAAAUACGACCUCCUGAGCAUUACCAACUCUUCUGACUACAGCUACGUCAGCGACCGGCUCUACGGAGCCACCACCGACGAGAUUUGGAUAGGAUUGCGUUUCCUGGGAGGGGAGUGGUGGUGGUCCGACGGAGAGACGUUGGACCACCAGGAGAUGCUGCCGUACUGUCCGAGCCAGUGGGAACACUGUGGCACCGUCUCCAAAUAUAACAUAACUAACUGGACCAGCAGGGACUGCUCAGAAAGAAGAAACUUCAUCUGCUCUUAUGAAGAAGUUGUAAAUCAGGAGGAAAAGCGGGAUUCUAAAUCUGGAUAGGUCCACGCUUGCUUUCUGCAUACGCAGGUUUUUGUUCUGAUAGACGAAUCUUAUCAUUUAUUAGAAAAGUUCAGAAAUGUCAAAAAUGCCUUUUUUUUUUAAACUCAUACAGGGAGAUCAGGGAGGGAGGUCAUAUCACAUGCAUGUAUUACGGCUCAUUUCAGGGCUGAGAAACAUUAUUUGGAUGAACACUCAUUGGGAGCAAGACUUGUGUCAUUAAAUUUGUCCCGUCGGUUUCUUUCAUACAGCCGCACUGGGGCGCAGUGGUUAAGAUUUUCUGCAACAAUAACUUUGCAUGUUCUUCCAGUAUACAUUCUCAAAGGACACUCCGAUAUGUGCAUGUUAGGUGACUUGGUCUCUCUCAAGUGAGCCUGGCUGUUUCUAUUGCAUGCAGAUUUCAGCUUUAUUAAAUACAACUCAGUUAAGCUUAAUUUAGUUUGACUGCUCUGACUCAAAGUGAAUUUAAUUGAAACCCGUUAAGUUAAUCUGAACUGAACUGACUCAGUCUGAUUUGAACUGAACUGAAUUAAUGUAAGCUAAUGUUUUUUUAUUAAUCUAAAGUAAAAUGACCUGAAGGGAAAUGAUUCGAAUAGAAUUGGACUGAAAUCAACAGAGUUUAUUUGAGUUCGAUUAAACUGAAUUGAAAUUGUAUGAAUGAAUGUUUAGCAUUAAACUAAAGCUUGUGUCUUGGUCUUCAAUCUUCAGUUUACCUUUUUUUUUUUUUGCAUGCACUGUAUUCAUAUAACAUUAGUGUGAUAAUUAGAUAUACAACAGCUGUAAUUUUGACUGAAUUA